UUACUAUUGCUAGCGAUUUGAGAAAAAGAGGGGUGAUUUGUCACUGCAGCUUGAAUCCCCAAAGCAUUAUCACCCACAAACAGGGAUUGGAUUAAUGAAAGGUAAAUUGUGAUGGGGCUAGUAAACGAGGUUCACGUCAUGCUAGGUGCGGCAGAAUAUUGAUAAACUCUUCUAAUAGUUACGAGAAUUGGUCGGUCUUCUUUUCAAGCCGAAGCCUUAAGGGACAAAUUGCAGCAACACUUUUUGCACAGUGUUACUUUGAUGCUACGGGAGAAGUAAUCAACGUGCGCACCAAGUGUUUGUUGAAAUUACUGUGAGAAACUUAGCAUUGCGUUGUAUCCUCGAAGCGCAAGUUUUACUAUUCAUAGUAUGUUUCAUCACCGUCGGUUGGCAGGAUAAGGGUUCAGUGAGUCCUCCAUUGGCAUCUCAGCUUUUCACUCUUGUUUCCUUUUGAAUAUAAGUACAUAAUAUGGACCUUGUGAAUGUUCCUGCGCUUCGAUUUACAAAUUCUGCAGUCUUGGGAGUACAAUUAAAGCCUCUUGUUUCCUCUCUUUCGCUGAGAAGAACUUUCAUCAAGAAUCGACUGAUUGUCGAAGCUAGAGCAAAUGCUAGAAAGGAAAGUGCCAAAAUCCGCAACAGAAGGAAGCAGAAGAAGUUUGAUGGAACACCAAGAAGACCAAGGCUUUCUGUAUUUUGCUCAGAGAAGCAGUUGUAUGCAAUGCUGGUUGAUGACCAAAACAAAAAGUGUCUGUUCUAUGGAAGUACAUUGCAGAAAUCUAUCCGACAAGAUCCCCCUUGUUCUAAUAUUGAAGCUGCUCAACGUGUUGGGGAGGAACUUGUCAAAGCCUGCCUUGAACUCAACAUAAAUGAAAUAUCGUCCUACGAUCGCAAUGGUUUUGCUCGCGGAGAAAGGAUGCAAGCCUUUGAGAUUGCGAUCUCCAGUUUUGGAUUCUUGCCAGGAUAGGUCUGCGUGGCAGACUAUUCUUUUUCAGAAACAAGAGAAACAAUCAAAUGCAGAAAAGGAUUUUACUCGGCUAGCACAAGAUUCUGAAUUUCUGAUCGACUCAGGCAGUGCUGCAAGACCAGCAAAUGUUAUAUGGUAGGAAGUGUUAGGCUUUAAAAGGACAACAUAACACGAAGGUUGUCUAGAUGAGAAUACUGAAAUAGAUGUGUGGCCAUAUAAAAAAAUAUAAGAUUUGUAAUGACCAUAUAUGUGGGAGUGGCUGCUAUCGAUGAGAAAAUGGUAGUAAUCUAUUUGAGAUGGUUUAGUUACGUGCAAAGAAGGCCUUUGGAUGCGCUGGUAAGAAAGAUUGAUCAAAUAACAUGGAGUCCUCUAAACGAGUAGGAUAAGGCCAAAGAGAAUACUUCAUAGUUAUUAAGGGAAAUCUUUCAAUUAAUAAUAUAUCCAAAGACUUGGAUGAAACUCAAUAGAGUUGUUGUAGCUUUUAUAUUAUGGUUUUGUUGUUGUUGG